AUGGCGCCGCAGCUGCUAGACUGUUCCCUUGUUUAUUUUCUAAUCUUUCCUAUACUAGGGUUGUUACUCUCGAGUCUGGUAUAUCUUCGCUUCCUAGCAUGGUACCGACUCCGGCACGUCGACGGGCCCUGGCUCGCCUCUCUCUCGUACCUAUGGUUGCUCUGGGCGACAUUUAAACAGGGCCAAGGUAUCAGCUUUACGAAACUCGACCAAGAGUACGGGUCUCUCGUACGCAUCGGACCCAAAGAUCUUAUAACUAGCGAUCCUGAGAUUAUCCGGCGGAUGAGCGCCGCGCGGUCUAGAUAUCAGCACCCUUAUUACGCAUCUCUGUUCAGCAUGACGGAUACCGGCGAACACGCUAAGGUAAGGGCGCGAAUGUCGUCCGGGUAUAGGAAUAAGGAUAGCACGACAAUAGAAGGUGUCGACGAACAGUUGGCCGAAUUUGUGGCAUUGAUUCGACGCAAGUAUUUGUCGUCGGAUCACGAGUUACGAUCAUUGGAUCUUGCUAGCAAGAUAACGUUUCUCGCGAUAGACGUCCUUAGCAAAGUCGCUUACGGUCGGGCUUUUGGCUACCUACGGACGGACUCGGACGUGCAUGGCCAUGUCGAGUCUAUGGAGACUGCUAUAAAUUCUUUAUCGGUGCUGCUUGACAUUCCCUGGCUCGCGGGGCCAGUGUUCAGCAGGGCUUUCCUGGGUUUAUUUGGACCAAAACCUACGGACGAGAGUGGGAGAGGGAAAAUGAUGGGAAUUGCCCAGGCUAUUACCUCCGAGGAACGUUUUGGACCUGAUGCUAAGGACCGGCAAGACAUGCUAGGAUCAUUCAUAAAACACGGCUUCACGCGUCGUCAGUGCGAGACCGAAAUCCCCUUCCAGAUUAUAGCCGGCAGUGCUACGAUUGCUACAGCCAUUUGUGGGACGAUGCUUAGCUUACUAUCGCUGCCUCGCGUUUACUUUAAACUGCGAGAAGAGAUAGAUGGGGCUAUAGCUAGCGGUCUACUUUCAUCGCCGAUCAAGGAAGAUGAGGCGAUGAAGCUGGAAUACCUACAGGCAGUGAUAUAUGAAGGCCUUCGUAUCAAUACUCCUUUAUCAAGCCUCCUAUCGAAAGAAGUUCCUCCCGAAGGAGAUACAAUCGACGGCAAGUUUAUCCCGGGGGGAACUCGCAUCGGCCAUAACAACUUCGCCAUGCACCGUUCGACAGCCAUCUUCGGCCGCGACGCGCACGUAUUCCGGCCUGAGCGCUGGCUCGAUAUCGACGCGGAAAAACACUGUAGGAUGACCGAGACUGUAGAGCUUAUCUUCGGCUACGGCCAAUUCGGUUGUCUGGGGAAGAAUAUUGCUUUCGUGGAGUUGAAUAAGGUCUACGUUGAAUUGCUCCGUUACUUUGAUUUCCAGUUGAUCGAUCCAAAGAAGCCCAUACACAGCGUGGAUCGCAAUAUCUUCCUCCAGAAGGAGAUGUGGGUGAGAGUAACGGAGAGAGCUUGAUGGAAAGAAGAUAACUAGCUAUAAUAGCGGUAGGAACUAGGCGAGGUCAUGGGGACGCCCAACAUACCUACAAGAAUUCAGGCCACAAAGCGAUAAUCUUUUGUUAA